AUGGCGACUCCUCGACACAGUGGAAUCACAAAAAAGGAUGCUUUGGCUAUCGUCGAAAGCUGCAAAGCCAGAGCCGCAGCAAGUUCCCGAAGAGCACAAGGCACUCAUUGCACCGAGUUUCAAUAUUCAGUUCUCCAAGCUCGCUUCGCCGUCAAGCCAUUGCCAAAUGCUCGAGAGCCGAGUGCCCUGAGCCAGGCAAUUGGAAUGACUCCGAAAGACUCCAAAACAAGUCGAGGACUGAUAUAUCUUUCAUAUGACUUAAAUCUGAUGGUACCUCAAACUUCUGAAGAGAAAAGGCGCAGAGUGAGAGAAAUCGCAAGACAAUACGACAAUAUGCCCUUCCUCAGUGCUUCCUCAGACGACCUAGCUGCAUGGACGUCAAAACAUUCUCGAGAAAUUUCCAGAAAAUCCUUUAAAUGA